CUAUCGAGCAAGUAUCGCCUAAUGAUAUCCUGCGUACAAACUAAAACGCCAUCCAAAAUGAGAAGCUUGUGUCCUGUUGUCCGAAUUGUCUUCACCUGGAGCCUUGCACUGUUAGGCGAUGCUGUCUUUGCUGAACGGAUAGGCUCUGGUCAGAUGGAGAAGUUCGACGUGCUGUCUACACUGGUUCCAAGCAACUCACCCAUUCAUCCACUACAUUUUCAAGACGCGUGGCAGGCAAGCGAGCCCAUGCCUGUGGAUAUCUUCUACAAGGUCCCUGUGUAUGGCGAGGGAGACUUGCUAAACGCUCUCACAAAAGCAAACGACAAAGGAACUCUGCUUGCUGAGCUGAAGCAACAAAAAGAAAUAGAACUCGAAAAAAAGGAAUACUUGCGUUCCAUCGCCGAAAGAAAAGUUGACGGCAUCAGACGCCGUCUGCAGUUGGCGAAGAGGCUCAGGGAUUGACAUGAACGAUAACGCGGCAAGACUUACCGACACCUCCACUUCCAGCAUGCCUUAGUAGGAAGGCGACCUUAAACCUCUUUACAUAUCCACCGUUUCACGUGCUUCAUUUACAUUGUGUGGGCCACAAUACAUCGAGCGUGAGGCUAUCCUUAAUCCGUUGCGGCACCUGGAUCAAGCAACUCAGUGCGUCUUAGUGCUCGCCCAAAUCUUUAUGGGCAACAUGUUGUAUAUAAGGCGGCAGAGCAAGGUAUAUUGUGACAGGACUUGCGAAUGUACGACAAUAUUAUAGAGAAGUUGACAA